AUGUCGAUUGCAGCUCAAGUUUCAGUCGUUGUUGUCCUGGGCAUUGCUCAGCUAACGAGUGCUGGAUCUCCGGCUGGUGCCCUGGUGCUGAAAAGUCUCGACACGGCACGCUCGGAAUGUAAGGCGUACCUGGGACUUCCGAGAAACCAGUGCGCCGAUCUCUGCGAAACGAUUGUAGUUCGGGGCCGUAAUCGUACCCUGGAGUUGGACGAAACUACUUUCGGACAGCAUUUCGAACCCGAUGAUUGCGAUGUAGAUUACUACAAUCGGACCGAAGCGUGCAUUUCGAAGGGAUUAGAAUCGAUUGAGGAGGACGCCAUCUGUUGCCGGGCUAGUAUUGAAAGUCAGUGUUUCAGGGAUCAAUACGGAAAUGUUGUGGAUGGCCCUCGAAUGGCGCAGCUGACCGAUAUUCAAACACGAAACGUUAUCGAAACAUGUGCCCGCAUGCUUCAAAUCGAGGAUUUGGAGCUUGUAUUUUCCGGCGUUACAAAGUACGAACUCUCGAUUAGGUCCCGUUGCCUUUUACGAUGCAUUCUCAUCCGUGAAGGCCUGUAUAACGACGUCGAUGGGCCGGAUCUCGAUCGGAUUUACGUACUAUGUGGCGGCUACAAGAACGGCAAGGCGGCAUUCAAGGCAGAAGCUGAGCAGUGCAUUGCCGAAGUACGAUCCCAAUGCUACGACAAAUGUACAAUGGCCGCCCGAAUUGUCGGCAAAUGUUUCGGCUUUGAGGGGGCAUCUCUCGCUGGGUUAGUGACACCGAUCGUCGGUGGCUUAGUAAACACCUUAGUAAGCACCGUAGUGGGCCUUGCGGCUGGCUUACCUGGUCUGGGUCUAGUCGUGUCGCUUCUUGGACCGGUUGUUUCGGCAAUUUUAGGAGGAGCAGCUGCCGGAAUUGAUUCGGUUGUUGCACCUAGUGCACUUUCCGGCGUGACUGGAGCAGUUGGUGGUGGGGGUGGUGGUCUCGAAGUAUCUGGUCUGUUGGGUGGUUUAGGUUAA